AGAGAUACCUACAUAGGUUUAGGUAAUAAUUAUUUUAGAGAUUUGAUUAAACGAAAACUGUAUUAAUCAACUGUAUUAUUCAAAAGAAACAAGUAAAACCCAAAUUAUAUUAAACAUUAUGACAAAAAUGACUAACGUUAAUUCAAGCCUAGCGUACGAAAUAUUGCUUUAUCUCAAUUCGUUUUAUUUGGGCAUGUUUUUCGUUUGUGAAGUUGCCAUGGGUAUUUUGAAAGCAAUAAACGUUUCUUACCCUGAAAAUUCGCUGAUGACGGAAGCUGGGAUCUUCUGUGCCAUGUGUCUGGUCGAAGUGGUCCGUAUCUUUUUAGGAAGAAGAGGAAACCUAGCCAGCAAAAAAGUGCCAGUGUUCUUCUCAGUGCUACUAACUAUACCAAGUGCUGUGGGAGUAUGCUACUUCCUCAUCUACCAAACUUACAUUUUACGUCUGGAAUACAUUUGGUGUGCAGUCAUGUUGAUGUUUCAUGCUUUGGAGCUCACAUUUGCUAUUCUGUUCAUUCUCACGAUCUGUAAAAACCAACAGUACGAAUAGAAUCGGUUUAAAAGUACCUCCUUGCCAAAGAAAUAUUAACUGCCAAAUUUACCUGUUUCUAUAGGGGUGUACUUGUGUGAAAGACUUUCCGCUAUACUGUUUCCAUAAAUGUGUUAGUGGUACUAAAUUGUAACCCCCUUACUAAUAAACGUUGUAUAAGCUUUGAAUAGUUAU